AAUCAGCUUGUGCAAAUCGAAACAAAGUUCUUUCGAUUUUUAAAGCCAAUCUAGAAUAUAGGUAUCGCGUCCCCUUCAUUUCACCACGUUGAAAUGUAAGACUGGACAUUCCUAGAUUUAAAUCACUCAUUGCCAGAUCUUUUAGCGAUUGUAGCGUUUUCGUGGAAAUUGGAACUUCCGGCAAAAAGUUGUGUUUUUACAAGAAUUGUGCAGAAUACAAAAGAAAACUGAGUUAAAAACCAGUCCGAUGGCCGACAGUCCGAAGGAGCCGAACAAAAAACCCAAGAACCGCCGGGUCCGGAAGAAGAAAUGCACCGCCGAUGCCGCCGCGGCUGCUGCUGGCCCGUCCGCUCCAAACUCAGCCUCAGCCGCUCAACAGGGCAACUCGGGCAAAAAGAAGAAGAAUAAGGACAAGAAGAAUACUAGUGACGUUGUCCUGCCGGAGCAAGAGAUAAGUCGCGUAGAGCAGAACGUUCUGCGCACGGCCGUGAAUGAUUUUAUGCGAAGCGACAAGGAGAAUGUCCAACUUCGUGGGCUGUCUCGGGUCCAGCGUAUCCACGUGCAUCGGGUGGCCCAGAGCUUGGGCCUGAAGACCUCCAGCAAGGGUCCUCCGAACGAGAGGGUCCUCACCAUCAGUCGUCCCGCCGUCGUCGAACCGCAGCCAGGCGUGGUGCAGCAGCCGCAGUUAACGGUGUCCAGUGCUCUGUCGGAGAUCCUCACCCAGGCGAGUGGGGAGAUGGACACAAACCUCUUGCAUCGCUGCACCAUGUAUCGCCGCCCAAAAGCCGAGCGCGAGAAGGAGCGCGCACUGGAGCGCCAGUGCGACAGAAACUACAAAAAUCGCCCAAACAACAACGGCUUAGUGGGCGUGCCUUUGGUGCCUCCACCGCCUCAGUGUCGCGACAAGACUCUGGUGCAGGAACGUAAGGCUCUGCCCAUCUACAGCCACCGUUCCAAGAUACUGGAAGUUCUGCAAAAUGAGCAGGUCUUGAUCAUCAAGGGAGCCACUGGCUCCGGAAAGUCCACCCAGUUGCCGCAGUAUCUGCUCGAGUGGGCCUCCAACGUCUGCAGGCCCGUCCGGGUUGUGGUUAGCCAGCCACGUCGUGUGGCCGCCACCAGUGUGUCGGAACGAGUUUCCAAGGAGCGCGGCGAGUUGCGCGGCACCACCGUGGGCUACCAGAUUCGCAUGAACAAUAGUUGCUGUAGCAAGACCGUCCUCACAUUCACAACCAGCGGAUGCCUCUUGCGUGUGCUGGCCAUUGACGGCGAGUCCUUUUUUAAGUGCACCUCCCACCUGGUCAUCGACGAGGUGCACGAGCGCGACCUGGACACCGACUUUCUGCUGCUGGCCACCAAGCUGGAGCUGAAGAAGAACCCCAACCUGCGGCUGAUCCUCAUGUCGGCCACUAUGGACCUGGGCGUACUGUCCAACUACUUUGGCGGCGCCAGGGUGCUGGACGUGGAGGGACGCAGCUUCGAAGUCAAGAUCUUCCACCUGGAGAACAUUCUCAGUAUGACUGGGUACAGGACCUCGAUGAUGGAGCCGCACUUGGGCGAACUGAUAGACACGGAGGAUUCGGACGAGCUGUUGGCGGCGUACAAUGCCAGUCGCACUCUAGCGGACGGCGAGCUGGACAACGACCUGAUCGUGUCCCUGCUGGAGUUGCUUCUAUAUCAGGGCGAGAGUGGCGCGGUGAUCGUGUACCUUGCCGGUUACCACGACAUGACCGUGCUGCAGGAGCGCAUCGAAGACUCGCUGCCCAGGGAGAUGAUCAAGGUACUGCUCCUCCACAGCCAGGUGGACAACAACGAGCAGCGCAAGGCGUUCAAGGUCUUCCCCAACAUCCGUCUCAAGAUCGUGCUGAGCACCAACAUCGGCCAGACUUCGAUCACCAUUCCGGAUCUCAUUUACGUCAUCGACUCGGGUCGCUCCAAGAUGAAGACCUACGACGCGGUCACCGACGCCUCUCAGCUGGCCACCGCCUGGAUCUCACAGGCCGACGCCCAGCAGCGGGCCGGACGGGCCGGGCGCCUGCGCAGCGGCAUCUGCUACCGCCUCUACUCCCAGGCGCGCCACGACACCAUGAGCCUCUACACCAUUCCAGAGAUAAUGCGGCGCACCCUGGACGAGAUCUGCCUGCUGGCCAAGCUAGCGGCCCCGGACCAACCCAUUGCCAACUUCCUGGCGCAGGCUCUGGAUCCUCCCAAGCCGGAGGCCGUCGCCCAGGCGUGUGAUCGGCUGGUAGUGAUGGGGAUUCUGCAGGCAAAAACCGAGAAGAUCACCCCGCUGGGCAGGGUCGUAGCGGAGCUGCCGGUGAACGUGCAGCUGGGAAAGAGUGUAGUGCACUCCAUCUACUACCGUUGCCUGGGCAGCAUGGCGAUCAUAGCCGCCUAUCACUCGGUGCGCGACCCCUUCGUGCUGCCCGUGGACCGGACAAAGAAGGCGACCAAGCCGCUGCCUCGCCACGCCUUCGCCGGGACCUGUACCAGCGACUCCAUAGCGGCCGUCACUCUGUACGAGGAGUUCGUCAAGUGCUCCAAGUCGGAGGUGACCUCGUUCUGCGAAAACAACCGCGUCUGUCGCAACGCCAUGCUUAUGUUCGUUUCGGCUGUGAACAGCCUAAAGGACUCGGUUCGUCGCAUCUUCCGCGCCGACGUGAUCACCGAGCGCCUGGUGACCGUGUGGGACAACGACCCGAGCAUGAUACGCAUGGCCCUCGCCGCCGGCCUCUAUCCGAAGGUGGCGUUCAUCGAUCGCGGCAACAAGAACCAUCUGAUCUCCGAGGGGGACAGAGGCAUGCAGAUCUCGCGCAACUCCUGCCUGCUGAGCCGCACGAAGCUCAAGAAGCUGCCCAGCAACUGGGUGCUCUACGUGGAGAAGAGCCGCAAUGCCGACCAGCGCUCCUCGCUGGAGAACACUACACUGGUGAGCACCCUGACGCUGGCGAUGGCCGGCGGCAGAGAGAGCGAACUGGAGCAGCGCGAGGAGGAGUGGGUGCUGUGCCUGGACUCGUGGGUAAGGAUCAUAGUGCCGCCCGACUUUGGCCGGCAGCUGCAGAAGCUGCGCCAGAUCAUCCAGUGGGAGGUGAGCGAGAUAGUGGAGAAACGCCGCAUGAACCUCGGCAGCACUCUGAUGGGACCGAUGCUGGUCUACCGGAUGCUGAAGGUGGACGCCUCGUCGAUCUGUGUGGCCGAAGGCAGAUCCCCGUCUACCGACCCAGACUGUGAUAAGGAAAACUAGAUCGUACUACUACACCUAUAGACACAGACCUAAGACCUGGAGGCUACCGAAGGAUCCGAUUUAAUAACCAAACAUAAGUAGCUUAAGUAGCCCAAA